GGUCUUUACCACUGGACUGCCAGGGAGGUCCCUGAUUUUCUGCUUUGAAAAUUAAGGUUAGGCUAUCUAAAGUAUACUUGUUUGCCCUGCUGUUCCCCCCCGCCUCAAUUUUGGAUUAUAAUAAACUCAAUAUGCUUCACAAGAAAAUCCAGAAUUAAAAAAAUUUUGUCAUUGAUAUGAAAUAUUUUCCAAAAGUCUAUAUAUAGCAUAGCAUCCUUUAACUUUUCUUUGAUGGAAUGUUCUGACAAGAACAUUGUAGUGCUGGCUGUGAACCUAGCCUGUGCUGAAGAUUGUUGGAUAGCAAACAACUCAGCUAACUCUGCCCUAAGGGGUGGCAUUUAUUUGCCUCUGAUAAUGUAGUUAUCUGUAAUGGAGACGGCUCCCAGCUAAACUUGAAUCAGACAACAACUGAAAGCUCCUAAAAAUGAUUCUCUGAGGCCUUUUGGAACUCUUCUGUGUGUGUGCCUUCUGUCUGCUCUCGCAGAUGAGCACUACACAAACAGACCGCAGGGACUUCAGGUGGUCCUGACCUUCAAGUUGAGCAAUCUUUUUUUCAGAAAGCCAAAUAGGAAUGAAGAUUUUGCUUGUUUUCUUUGACUUCCUCCACUGCCUUUUCAUUUUAGGCCCGUAAAGUUAACUCUUGAAGCUAGUAAAGACCUUGACCAACCGUCUCUUUACAAGUCAUUGUGGGUAUACACAAGUAUGUGCAUUCUGAGGGCCAUGCAGAAGUUUUGCUCUUCUGUGUGGCAGCUCACAAUGAUGGAUCAAGCAAGAUCAGCAUUCUCUAACUUGUUUGGUGGAGAACCAUUGUCAUAUACCCGGUUUAGUCUGGCUCGGCAAGUAGAUGGCGAUAACAGUCAUGUGGAGAUGAAACUAGCUGUAGAUGAAGAAGAAAAUGUUGACAAUAACAUGAGGGGUAACCACACCAGUGUCACAAAACCAAAAAGGUUAAAUGGAUAUAUCUGCUAUGGGACUAUUGCUGUAAUCGUCUUUUUCUUGAUUGGAUUUAUGAUUGGCUACUUGGGCUAUUGUAAACGUGUAGAACCAAAAGCCGAUUGUGAGAGACCGGCAGGAACAGGGCCUUCGUGCACAGAGGAGACAGAACCUUUCGAAACAGAAGAGCAGCUCCCCGAAACACGUCGCAUAUUUUGGGCAGACCUCAAAUCAAUGUUGUCGGAGAGACUGGAUGCCAUAGACUUCACCAGUGCCAUCAAGAUGCUGAAUGAAAAUUCUUAUGUCCCUCGUGAGGCUGGAUCUCAAAAAGAUGAAAGCCUUGCUUUUUACAUUGAAAAUCAAUUCCGUGAACUUAAACUCAGCAAAGUCUGGCACGAUGAACAUUAUGUUAAGAUUCAGGUCAAAGGCAGCAAUGCUCAGAACUCGGUGACCAUAGUGAGUAAGAGCGGCGGCAGCAGCAUGGCGUACCAGGUGGAGAAUCCCGAGGGUUAUGUGGCGUAUAGUAAGGCUACGACAGUUACUGGUAAACUGGUCCAUGCUAAUUUUGGCACUAAAAAAGACUUUGAGGAUUUAAAUAUGCCUGUGAAUGGAUCUUUAGUGAUUGUUAGAGCAGGGAAAAUUACUUUUGCUGAAAAGGUUGCAAAUGCUGAAAGUUUAAAUGCAAUUGGUGUCUUGAUAUACAUGGACCAGACUAAAUUUCCCAUUGUUAACGCAGAUCUUCCAGUUUUUGGACAUGCUCAUCUGGGAACAGGUGACCCUUACACACCUGGAUUCCCUUCUUUCAAUCACACUCAGUUUCCACCAUCUCAGUCAUCAGGAUUGCCUAACAUACCUGUCCAAACAAUUUCCAGAGCUGGUGCAGAAAAGCUGUUUCAAAAUAUGGAAGGAGACUGUCCUUCUAUUUGGGGAAUAGACUCUUCAUGUAAGCUGGUAUCCUCACAGAAUAAGAAUGUGAAGCUCACUGUGAACAAUGUGCUGAAAGAGAUAAGAAUUUUUAACAUCUUUGGAGUUAUUAAGGGCUUUGAAGAACCAGAUCGCUAUGUUAUAGUAGGGGCCCAGAGGGAUGCCUGGGGUCCUGGAGCUGCAAAGUCCAGUGUAGGAACAAGUCUCCUAUUGAAACUUGCCCAGAUACUUUCCGAUAUGGUCUUAAAAGGUCAGUUUAAACCCAGCAGGAGCAUUGUCUUUGCCAGCUGGAGUGGUGGAGACUUUGGAGCUAUUGGUGCCACUGAAUGGCUAGAGGGAUACCUUGCCUCCUUGCAUUUAAAGGCUUUCACUUACAUUAACCUGGAUAAAGCUAUUCUUGGUACCAGCAAGUUCAAAGUUUCUUCCAGCCCACUGUUGUAUUCGCUUAUUGAGAAGACGAUGCAAGAUGUGAAACAUCCAGUUACUGGGCUCUCUCUAUAUCGGGACAGCAACUGGAUCAACAAAGUCGAGAAACUUUCUUUUGAUAAUGCUGCUUUCCCUUUCCUUGCAUAUUCUGGAAUCCCAGCAGUCUCUUUCUGUUUUUGUGAGGACACAGAUUACCCUUAUUUGGGUACUCCCAUGGAUACCUAUGAGGUACUGAAUCAGAAUGUUCCUCAGUUGAACAAAAUGGCACGUGCAGCAGCAGAAGUAGCCGGUCUGCUUGUGAUUAAACUUACCCAUGAUGUUGAAUUGAACCUGAACUAUGAGAUGUAUAAUGACAAAAUACUUUGGUUUGUGAGAGAAAUGAACCAGUUCAGAGCAGACAUAAAGGAGAUGGGUCUGAAUCUACAGUGGCUGUAUUCUGCUCGUGGAGACUUCUUCCGUGCUACGUCUAGACUAACAACCGAUUAUAAGAAUGCUGAGAGAACAAACAGAUUUGUCAUGAGGGAGAUCAAUGACCGUAUCAUGAAAGUGGAAUAUCACUUCCUGUCACCCUACGUAUCUCCAAGAGAGUCUCCUUUCCGACAUAUCUUCUGGGGCUCUGGCUCUCACACUCUGUCAGCUUUACUAGAGCACUUGAAGCUGCGGCAGAAAAAUAACGGUGCUUUUAAUCAAACACUGUUGAAAAACCAGUUGGCUCUAGCAACUUGGACUAUUCAGGGAGCUGCAAAUGCCCUCUCUGGUGACAUCUGGGACAUUGACAAUGAAUUUUAAAUGUGAUACCUAUAACUUAUAUAAGAACAUCAGGGUAGUGUGGUUCCUAGACUUGUGUUGGUUGUGCUAAAUUUUCAGUAGGGCUACAAAACCUAAUAUUGUUAAAAUUCUACCCAAUCUUGGUACUGCUAGAUGUCUUUAGGCAGCAGCUUUUAAUACAGGGUAGGUACCUGCACUUCAAGUUAAAGUGACUAACCACUUAAAAAAAUGUUCACGAUAGAAUAUUUUCUCUGAUUCUCUCUAGAGUUUUAAGUGCUUUGUAAUGGUAAACUGCCUCUUUCCUGUUACAGUUAUGAAAAAGUCAGAACCAGUUACGUGAACUAUUGCUCUAAAUCCUAAGUACGUGAACUGGUAUCUUCUGAAUUGGAGGCGGAAGGUGAUACCUGCUGAAGGUGGAAAGUGGCAGCUUAGCGUGAUCCUCCGCCUUCACUGGAUGCCAGAUAGGAGAUCCCAGGCUGUAAGGCUUUACUCUCCACGUGAGAUCUCUGCCUUCUUUAAGGAUUUAGCUGGUUUCCACAUCUGAAAGUGAAACAGUUCACUUUCAGAAGAGAUGGGACUUGUUUUCUUGCCAGUGAGGUCUGAAAUAGAGGUCCUUCAGCUGCAUAAAAAGGAGGUUCAACUGUUUAAUCACAGGAGUAAGGCCUUAAUGUGUUAACCUCAAGAUUAUGUAUGAAAAGAGGAGACCAGAAGCCAAAGACCUAGUCUAUUUCCUCUUCCUCUGUCCCUCGUCCCAUAAACCUUUGUUAGUUUUUUGUUUUCGUUUUUUCCAAGGUAUUUUGAAAGAGAACCAAGUUUUAGGUGUUUAAUUUCAAACUCAGUUCGUCAGACUUUAAAGAACACACUGCCAAAUUUUGGCCAAAGUGUUAAUUUUUUGGAAAAGCUUCCUGUCAUUUUGGCACUGAGAUAUUUAUUGUUUAUUUAUCAGUGACAGAGUUCACUAUAAAUGGUGUUUUUUUUAUAGAAGAUAAUUAUCGGAAGCAGUGCCUUCCAUAAUUAUGACAGUUAUACUGUCGUUUUUUUUUUAAAUAAUAGCAGCAUCUGCUAAUAAAACCCAACAGAUACUGGAAGUUUUGCAUUUGUGGUCGACACUUACGGGUGUUAGAAAACAACCGCAAGCCAAAUAAAAUUAUAAAGCUAAGUCUUGGAGAAGAAUUAAAUUUAAUUAGUGGUUGCUAAUCAAGUUAAAUUUCUAUUUAGCUAACCAGAUAAAAACAGCAGUUCCCCUAAAUGCAGUGAAUUGUGACCAAGUUAUAAAUUAAUGUCACUUAAGAGCUGUGAUCGUACUCAUACAUGCAAAAUUUUACAGCUCAAUUUAUCCAAGGUGUAACUUUAAUUCGAAUUUUGCAAAAUUUCCAGUACCUUUUUCACAAACCUAACUCACAUUAUCGGGAGCAGUGUCUUCCAUAAUGUAUAAAGAACAAGGUAGUUUUUGCCUACCACAGUGUCUAUAUCGGAGACAGUGAUCUCCAUAUGUUACACUAAGGGUGUACGUAAUUAUCGGGAACAGUGUUUCCCAUAAUUUUCUUCAUGCAAUGACGUCUUCAAAGCUUGAAGAUCGUUAGUAUCUAACAUGUAUUCCCAGCUCCCUCUUAUUCUCUUUUAGUUUUAGUUGCAGAAACAUGGAGGUCAUUAAGCAUUUGGUGGAUAACUUCAACCACUGUAAAAUAAAAUUACUUCCUUCAAGAGUCUUUGUUUUUAAACCUAACGUUGUGUUUUGUUAUAUUUGUGGUUUCCCCAGGUCUUCUGUUUAGCGGGAUAGUAGCAUACAUUUAUAAUGUUUGCUGUUGUCAAACGAAUUUAACUUUAUCCCCUUAUUUGCAUGUUAUCGCCUAUAAACUUAGUUCAUACAAGUCUGAAUCCAGAAUUGACCUUUUAGCUUAGAGCAGGGGAAAGAAACUUAUAUAGGAGUUUGGGGGGAGGGGGGAGUGGAGGGUGUGGGGAGAUGAAGCUUGCAGAGAGGUAUUUGAUCAUGUCUCCCCAACCAUUAGGAUUUGGUGGUUAUAAGUUAAACAUAGAUGUGAACAAAUAAGUUUGAGGCUACAUCAGUUAGGAAUUUAUUUUCUACUCAGCCAUCAUUAUAAACCUGAUAAUCAGCUAUUUGUUCUGAGGCAGUUCAAUACUGUCGCCUAAGAAAAAGUCCAUAGGGUCUCUUCAGAUUCUUAAACUUAGUGUCAUUUAUGUAAGUUAAAAUAGAUGUAGAUUAAUACAGUCUCACUGAUUUGACCAUUCACAGUCUAUUUUAGUCUUUACAGUGUUUUAUCUUGAACUGAUAGUUAGUGGUAAGUGAAAAGGUCAUAGCUGGGAUUCCUGGUUUGAGUAUCAUGCUUUAUUGUAUUUUAAUGAAAGUUCAGUGACUUCAAGGCAUAUUAUGAACAAUGGGCAUACAUUUUACAACAGUAAAUCUCUUCAAAAAACUUUUCUGUAGUUAGGACUAAGUUAUUUACAAUCAAACAAGUCAGUAAGUGGUAAAGGGCUUAAUAUUCCUGAAUGAAAUGUGUAUCUGACUAGUGACAACCAACUGGUCUUCAGAUUUUUUCUGGUUUUAGAUGUCAUGUGCAUUUUGAAGGUAAAGCAUAAAAUGAGUGAGCUUUGUCAUGAUUCACUAUUCUAGAACUUGCAUGACCUUUAUUGUGUUUCCUUUUGAAUGUUCUUGAAAUUUUAGUUGGCUAAACAUGGUUUAUUAGACUUGUCAACUUACUGCUCAGCUGUGUCUUCGUAAACAAGUGAUAUGCCCUUAUAAUUGUAUACAAUCUGGUAUGUGCAACAAUGUGGAGAUUCCUCAUCUGAUUUAAUAAAAUGCUUGAACACUG